GCAGAGCAGUCAGCUUCGGUGGGAAGAAGUGUCGGGAGGGAAUCCUUGUGAAGAAGCGUCCUCUUCGCACACCGUCUGUUGCAACACAAUGUCCAAACCCCACUUUCAGACAGAAUGGGAAGAAACUGACGAGGAGUAUCAACAACUGCAGGAAACCCAUAAAGUAUACAGACAAAAACUGGAGGAGCUCAUCAGUCUUCAGGCAACAUGCAGCAGCGCUAUCAGUAAACAAAGAAAAUGUCUAAAAGACGUGAGGCAUGGCUUGACCAAGCGAGCACAGUCAUGCGACGAGAAGGAGCUGAAUCUAAUAGCAGACAUCAAAACACAAAUCAAAGAGAGAGAACAUGUUUUCUUUGAUAUGGAAGCUUAUUUGCCAAAGAAAAAUGGGCUGUAUUUGAGUUUGGUCCUGGGCAAUGUGAACGUGACACUUCUUAGUAACCAGGCAAAAUUUGCUUACAAAGACGAGUAUGAGAGGUUCAAGCUUUAUUUGACAAUAAUCCUCAUGUUCGGAGCCAUAACCUGCCUCUUCUUUCUCAACUGUCGAGUCACUGAUGAAAUAUUCAACUUUUUAUUGGUGUGGUAUUACUGCACGCUGACCAUACGAGAAAGCAUCCUCAUCACCAACGGUUCCAGGAUCAAAGGCUGGUGGGUGUCCCACCAUUAUGUCUCCACUUUUCUGUCAGGUGUUAUGCUGACCUGGCCAGAGGGACAAAUGUAUCAGAUGUUUCGAAGCCAGUUCCUCGCAUUUUCCAUUUAUCAGAGCUUUCUUCAGUUCCUCCAGUAUUACUACCAGAGCGGCUGCUUGUACAGGCUGCGUGCUUUGGGGGAGAGAAAUCAGCUGGACCUAACAGUGGAGGGAUUUCAGUCCUGGAUGUGGAGAGGACUUACUUUUCUUUUGCCUUUCUUGUUUUUUGGCCACUUUUGGCAGCUGUACAACUCAGUGACCCUGUUUCGCUUAGCCCGACAUGAGGACUGUAAGGAGUGGCAGGUGUUCAUGCUGGCGCUGACUUUCCUCGUCCUCUUUCUGGGAAAUUUCCUCACAACGCUAAAAGUCGUCCACCAGAAAGUUCUAAGAAGCGACAACAUGCAAAAGAAUGACUGAACAUACCUCAAACUGUCUGCGACACUUCAGGAGGCCAGUGAUUAUGAAUGAAACACGCACAAUCGCUUGAUGUACUGACC